GUUCGGAGCGAGUGAGAGAACAAGCGAGUGAAGGUGAGAAAUUCUCCAAAUCCAAACCCUAAUCAGCAGAAUUGGGGAAAAACAGUCCCACACGCUCAACCCCUCGCGUGGAUUUUUUGCAGUUGCAGAUCGAAAGAAAGAAGGAAGAUAGAGUGGGAGUUUAUAAGCACGCUCUUCCUUCAAUUGAUCAGAGUUUUCAGGUAACCACAGGAAAGAACUAAUCAAGAGUAAAUAGGUUAUUGCCAUGGAUAUAGAUCUUAGGUUACCUUCUGGAGAACAUGAGAAAGAAGAAGAAGCAAAUGGAAUUGUCAAUAUGUUGGAUGAUGAAGAGAAACUGCAUAAUGGACAUGGAAUGAGUGCAAAUAUGGAUAUUGUAGAGAAGUUACAUACUGAAGAUGGAGGGUGUUUGAAUUCUCCUGCAGGAGAUAUGGUAGAAUUUAAAGAGGAUAUGAAUCUUGAGCCGCUUGCUGGUAUGGAAUUUGAAUCACAUGGGGAAGCAUAUUCUUUCUAUCAAGAGUAUGCAAGGUCUAUGGGAUUCAAUACUGCAAUACAGAAUAGCCGCCGUUCGAAGACGUCAAGAGAAUUCAUUGACGCAAAAUUUGCGUGUUCUAGGUAUGGCACCAAGCGUGAGUAUGAGAAACCCUGUAAUAAGCCACGUUGUAGACAAGCAAACAAGCAAGAUCCAGAGAAUGCAACUGGUCGACGAGCAUGUGCGAAGACAGAUUGCAAAGCAAGCAUGCAUGUCAAGAGAAGACCAGAUGGAAAAUGGAUUAUACAUAGAUUUGAGAAAGAGCAUAACCAUGAACUUUUACCUGCCCAAGCUGUCAGUGAGCAAACAAGAAAGAUGUAUGCUGCAAUGGCAAGACAAUUUGCUGAGUACAAAAAUGUGGUUGGCCUCAAGAAUGACACCAAAAAUCCAUUUGAGAAAGGCCGUAAUUUGGCUCUGGAAGCUGGAGAGGCAAACAUUUUACUUGAGUUCUUCACGCAGAUGCAAAGUAUGAAUUCCAACUUCUUUUAUGCAAUAGAUUUAAGUGAGGAUCAGCGACUAAAGAAUUUGUUCUGGGUUGAUGCCAAAAGUAGGCAUGAUUACAUCAACUUCAGUGAUGUUGUGUCUUUUGAUACUACCUAUGUUAGAAACAAGUACAGAUUGCCUCUUGCCCUUUUUAUUGGGGUUAAUCAACACUAUCAGUUCAUGUUGCUUGGAUGUGCUUUGGUGUCUGAUGAAAGUGCAGCCACACAUUCUUGGGUAAUGCGAUCAUGGUUGAAAGCAAUGGGUGGACAUGCUCCAAAAGUAAUAAUCACUGACCAAGACACAGCCCUAAAGCCAAUUAUUUCAGAGCUUUUUCCAUCUGCUCACCAUUGCUUUUGUUUGUGGCAAAUACUGGGAAAGGUUUCUGAAAAUCUUAAUCAUGUAAUUAAACAGAAUGAAAACUUCAUGCUUAAAUUGGAAAAAUGCAUUUACAGGUCAUGGACAGAUGAGGAAUUUGAAAAGAGGUGGCGGAAAUUGAUUGAGAGAUUUGACCUCAAAGAUAAUGAAUGGGUUCAAGCCUUGUAUGAAGAUCGUACAAAGUGGGUGCCAACCUACAUGAGAAAUGCUUUUUUAGCUGGAAUGGCAACAGUUCAGCGGUCUGAGAGUGUGAACUCUUUCUUUGAUAAAUACGUGCAUAAGAAGACCACUGUGCAGGAGUUUGUGAGACAGUACGAAGCGAUUCUACAUGAUAGGUAUGAAGAGGAAGCCAAGGCAGAUUCUGAUACAUGGAACAAGCAGCCUGCAUUGAAGUCGCCAUCGCCAUUUGAGAAGCAUGUGUCGGGGCUGUACACAUAUGCAGUCUUUAAGAAAUUCCAAGUUGAGGUCUUGGGUGCAGUUGCUUGUAUUCCUAGGAGAGAGAGACAAGAUGAGAUGGCUGUAACAUUUAGAGUACAAGACUUUGAAAAGAAUCAAGAGUUUACUGUUACUUUGAAUGAAUUAAAAUCAGAAGUAUCUUGUAUAUGCCAUUUGUUUGAAUACAGAGGUUUUCUCUGUAGACACGCAAUGAUUGUUCUUCAAAUUUGCGGAAUUUCCACCAUCCCAUCGCAAUAUAUUUUAAAACGGUGGAUGAAAGAUGCCAAGAGCAGGUAUUCAAUGGGAGAAGUUUCUGAACUGGUGCAGUCUAGGGUGCAGCGAUACAAUGAUCUAUGUCAACGUGCAAUGAAAUUGGGUGAAGAAGGAUCAUUAUCACAAGAUAGUUACAAUUAUGUACUUCGUUCGCUAGAUGAUGCUUUUGUGACUUGUGUGAGUGUGAACAACUCUAGUAAGAAUCUUAUAGAAGCUGGCACAUCUGCCACACCUGGUCUUCUCUGCGUUGAAGAAGAUAACCAAAGCAGAAGCUUGAGCAAAACAAAUAAAAAGAAGAAUCCAACCAAGAAAAGAAAGGUAAACUCGGAGCCAGAUGUUAUGAAUGUCGGGGCUCCAGACACCUUGCAACAAAUGGACAAAUUGAGUUCAAGACCUGUCACCCUUGAUGGGUAUUUUGGACCGCAACAGAAUGUACAAGGAAUGGUACAGUUAAAUUUAAUGGCGCCCACACGUGACAGCUACUAUGGGAAUCAACAGACCAUUCAGGGGCUGGGACAACUAAACUCCAUAGCACCUAGUCAUGAUGGCUAUUAUGGCAGUCAGCCAUCCAUGCAUGGGCUGGGACAAAUGGAUUUUUUUCGAACACCAAGUUUCACAUAUGGCAUUCGGGAGGAACCCAAUGUCAGAUCUGCCCAAUUGCAUGAUGAUGCGUCGAGACAUCCGUGAAGAGCACCUUCCACACAUCCAAGUGUCAAAAGACACUAGUUUACUUUGCAGACGAUAUGAAAUAUUGUCAAAUUCGAAACCUCUUCUGAGAAUGAUAGCAUUAAGCAUUGUGGCUGGAAGGAUUGCCGCGUGGGAGAAGCCUCCUCGGUAUCUGUAAACUGUGAAAUGUUCGAAAGCAGUUGUAAUUAUCUUCACCCUGUAUUUGAUGUAACUGGUUAAGUGCCAGACAUAUCUAUGGUUCCUUCUUGUAAAUGUGGUUGUAUUAUUAUUACAUUUGUGUUCAAUUCAGCUUACCAUUUAAAGUGAGGAAGAGACACUUGUUUCAACAUAUCACCAGUGAGUGAUAUGACUUUGCUGUUCUCAAUCUGUAAUGAUUUGAGAAACAGACUGUAGAAAUAAUUUAAAUCCAAUGCUCUGUUG